AUGUCGAACGCAAGGGGUCCAGCUUCAGGCGUUCCUUUCUCCUUCCUCGUUCCGCAGGCGAAUAUCUCCUACUACACCGUGCCCCUCGCCUGGCUGCUGAGCUUCUCUCCGCACAUCUACGCCAUAGUGCGUUACAACACCCACGGCCACCCUGCUGGGAGUUCUGGGGCGCCGAAAUUCAACGGGAGCUCGCCGCGAACGUUCCUGGCCACCGUCCAAGCGAACAAGCACAUGUCCCAGGAGACCAAGGACCGCCUCUUCCGCGCGGAAGCCGCGUCCCUCAAUGGCUUUGAGAACCUGGGUUGGUUUGCUGCCGGCGUCGUGGCCGCGAAUGUCGCCGGCGUGGACGUCGCGUGGAUCAAUGCGCUCAGCUUGUGGUAUCUCUUCAACCGCGCGGUGUUCAAUCUCGCGUAUAUACGCGGCGUCAGCGGGAGGGUCCGAGGGAUGUGGUUCUAUGGAAGUAUUGCGGCUACGGUCACCUUGUUCAUCAAGGCUGGUAAUGCGGCCAGGAGGCUGACGGCCUGA